AUGAACGGCGAUCAGGCGGGCGAGGCCGAGAAGCCGCCGGGCUUCGAUGCGACCGCGGACGAAAUCUCCAACGGCGCUGAUGGCUCGGCCAAGAAGCGCAAGAAGGACUGUCUCAAGCCCAUCGUCACCUCGGAGGGUACCGGGCUCGAUGCAUCGCAGAACACGAACAAGAACAAGAACAAGCAGCAAGACUGCAAACUCGAAUCACAUCAAUUGUCCUCCACGAUUCCCGGCUCGCCAUCGUCGUCUUCCGUCGAAGAUGCUGCCGAAAACACCGCCGAUGAGGAGGAUUCCGAAGACUAUUGCAAGGGUGGCUACCAUCCCGUUCAGGUCGGCGAAAAGUUCAAGGAUGGAAAGUACACCGUAGUGCGCAAGCUUGGUUGGGGCCAUUUCUCCACUGUCUGGCUGUCGCGGGACAACUCCAACGGCAAACACGUCGCUCUCAAGGUGGUGCGGUCUGCUGCCCAUUAUACCGAGACAGCCAUCGAUGAGAUCAAGCUCCUCAACCGCAUCGUCCAAGCCAAGCCCGACCACCCAGGCCGGAAGCACGUCGUCAGCCUGCUCGACUCGUUUGAGCACAAAGGCCCACACGGCACCCACGUGUGCAUGGUCUUCGAGGUGCUGGGGGAGAAUCUGCUGGGUCUGAUCAAGAGGUGGAACCAUAGAGGCAUUCCCAUGCCUCUGGUCAAGCAAAUCACCAAGCAAGUUCUGCUCGGCCUAGACUAUCUUCACAGGGAGUGCGGCAUCAUUCAUACCGACCUGAAACCCGAAAACGUUCUCAUUGAGAUUGGCGACGUCGAGCAGAUUGUCAAAAAGGUGGUCAAGAACGAGCCGGCGGAGAAGGAGAACAAUCGGAACGGCAGGAGGAGGCGCAGAACCUUGAUUACAGGCAGUCAGCCGCUGCCCUCGCCGCUGAACACGACCUUUACCCAAGCAAACCUAUUUCCCGGAACCGCGACGCCCAGCGUUGCCAGUGUGCUAGAUCAGGGCGCUAGUAAGACUGGCGAGUCGUCACCCAAGUCAACAGACGAGCCACAAAAGCAGCGUGAAAAAACCGCUGAUAUCCUUACCCGGGAAGUGUCCGGAAUCUCGCUCGAUAAGUCGAGCGAAUCCUCUGCCUCGACGGGCGAGAAGCGAAAAGCAGAAGAUGCCCACGCUUCCGACAUCAUUAGCGUCAAAAUUGCGGACCUGGGAAACGCGUGCUGGGUCAAUCACCACUUUACCAACGACAUUCAAACAAGGCAAUACCGGUCACCGGAAGUGAUUCUCGGAGCAAAGUGGGGUGCCAGCACGGAUAUUUGGAGCAUGGCAGCCAUGGUGUUUGAGUUGAUUACGGGCGAUUAUCUGUUUGAUCCGCAGUCGGGCACCAAGUACGGCAAGGAUGACGACCACAUUGCGCAAAUCAUUGAGUUGCUGGGACCGUUCCCUCGAUCUCUCUGCCUCAGCGGCAAGUGGAGCCAAGAAAUCUUCAAUAGGAAAGGAGAACUGCGCAACAUUCACCGACUGCGCCAUUGGGCACUGCCCGACGUUCUGCGGGAAAAGUACCACUUCAAGGAGGACGAGGCGAAGCGGAUAUCCGCCUUUCUGGUUCCGAUGCUGGAGCUUAUUCCGGAAAAGCGCGCCAACGCCGGCGGCAUGGCCGGCCACAGCUGGUUGGAGGAUACGCCUGGCAUGAAGGGUCUCAAGAUUGAGGGGCUAGAGGUGGGUGCAAGAGGAGACGGCAUCGAGGGAUGGGCCACAGAAGUGAGGAAGCGAUAA